AUGGAACGAAAGUCCGGACAAGCUAACGUGCACGCCGAUCUAGUGUCGAAAGCCGAAGUCAACCUCUAUGAGGUCCUAGAAAUCACCAGCGACGCUUCCAGAGAAGAGAUCCGAAAGGCUUAUCGCAAGGCCGCGCUUGCCAGUCACCCCGACAAGGUUCCCGAAGAAGAACGCGAAGAAGCCGAAGUCAGGUUCAAGUCCGUCCAGGAAGCCUACGAUAUCCUUUACGAUGAUGACAAGCGACACCUCUACGACACGCACGGCAUGGGCGCCUUCAAUGGUUCCGGCGAGCCAGGAAUGGGCGCUGCUCCGGAUCUAGAUGACCUUCUGGCGCAGAUGUUCGGUAUGGGCGGUAUGGGGGGAAUGGGAGGUAUGGGAGGUAUGGGUGGCAUGCCCGGCGGCAUGCCCGGAGGCCAGUCGCGGAGGAGCCCCAACGAAGAGCAGAAGUACGAGGUGCGCUUGGAGGAUCUCUACAAGGGCCGCACGGUCAAAUUUGCCAGCACGAAGAACGUGAUCUGCGGGCUGUGCAAUGGUAAAGGUGGCAAGGAGAAGGCGAAGGCGAAGAAAUGUUCUACUUGUGACGGUGAAGGUUACAAGCAGAUCUUGACCCAGAUGGGCCAGUUCCUCACCCCCAAGACGGUGGCUUGCUCCACCUGUAACGGACAGGGUCAAUUCUUCAGCCCCAAGGACAAGUGCAAGAAGUGCAAGGGUCAGAAGACGACGGAGGCCAGGAAGAUGCUGGAGAUUUACAUUCCUCCCGGAGCGAGGGAGGGAGAUAAAAUCGUUCUGGAGGGUGAAGCGGACCAAGUUCCGGGCAAGGAACCGGGAGACAUUGUAUUCCACAUCGUGGAAGAAGAGCAUGCUACAUUCCGCAGGGCCGGUGCUGACCUGACGGCCGAAAUCGACGUCACUCUGGCCGAGGCGCUAGCCGGCUUCUCGCGCGUGGUCAUCAAGCACCUGGACGGACGUGGAAUCGAGCUCAAGCACCCGCAGAAACCCGGUCAGGUCCUCUCGCCCGGUCAGGUCCUGAAGAUCGCCGGCGAGGGUAUGCCCAUCAAGCGCAGCGACGCCCGCGGUGACCUGUACCUGGUGGUCAACAUCAAGUUCCCGGAUGAGAAGUGGCAGCCUAGCCCGGCCGUGCUGGAGAAGCUCAAGGAGAUGCUGCCCAAGCCGGAUCCUCUCAUCACGGCGGACACGGUGGACGAGGUCCAGUACGAUCCCAAGGGCAACCUAGAUAACUUCGGAGCCAACGACCCUCAGGGCGGCAGUGCCUGGGAAGACGAGGAGGACGAGGGCGAGACGGCGCAGUGCGCGGCCCAGUAG